CCAACACUCAGACAAAUUCGAGAGUACAUCCUUAUAAAUGAAACUUCCCCAAUACUAAAUAGGAAAUAUACACAAUAGAUAAGUGUUUAAAACUUUCAGUGAAAAAAGCACAUUGUUCAAUGAGCUUUUUCAAUGAGCAUUAUUCAAUGACACGUUGGAAGUGUCUGAACAUGGAGAACAAUGAUGAGGACUACAUCACAUAUGCUGGUAGAAUAAACAGGAAAUGUGAGAAGUUUAAGCUGGACGAAUUAAUGUUAGAUAUGUUAAGAUGCUUGAUUUUUUACACAUGGAUUUACUAUUGAAAAGGACACAGAAGUUAGAACUAGAGUUCUCACAAAGCUGGAACAAUACCAUGAUGAAACCCUACAGCAAGUGUCAGAAGAAUGUGAAAGGAUAGUCAAAUUAAGGCACAGCACAGAGGAAAUUGAACAUAAGAUUGUUUCCAAGUAAAGCAAGUGUGAAAUAGUCAGAAUAAAGAUAAAGUGUUUUCUAAAAACAACAAAAAUCAUGAAAUAAACCCAUGUUUUGCAUGUGGGGGUAUACACUUGAGGAAAAAUUUUCCAUUUAAAACAGUGGAGUGCUUUUAUUGUGGAGAUAUAUGACAUAUAAACACACACAGUAGAAUGAAGAUGAUAAAACAUCAGAACAAAGGAAAAAGAAUAAAUAGUAGGUCAUUGGAAGAAAUUGGUAAUAUAAUGAUGAGGAAUUCGUGAAGGUGAAAAUCAGAAAUACAAGUGUUAAAAUGCAGUUGGACACUGGUAGUAACAUUACCAUUAUAAACCAAAAAUCUUGGAAAUAUGUUGAUCCUCCUCAGGUAAACAUUAAUAUUUCAGAGGGGAUGUACAAUGCUACAAUAAUUAAUUGCACUGCAUUUGAUGGAAUUCCAGCGACUUAUGAAUACAAACUGAAGCAAAAAUGGGGAAAUGCCAUAAAGAAUACUUAUAACAAAAAUGUAUUAUCUAUAAACAGCCCUUCUUUCAAUAAUUCUGGCACAUGGGAGUGUCAUGUAAGCAAUAAAGAUUUUCAUGUGAAUAAAUCAUCAAGCUACAAAAUUCCAGUGAAACCUAUUUUCAGUUCAGUAUUCAAUGAUCCUAAGAGAAAUGUUUCAAAUGGAGAAAAUGUAAUUUUCAAACAGUGUUUUUAUUCACAUCCAAAAUCUGAUGUAAAAUGGCAAAAAAACGAGGAAUCAAUUGACUCAGACAAAUAUUCAACAACUGAUUAUUUAUCAAGUGAGUUUCCUUUCAAAGGAAACUGUACUAGUUUAACAAUAGAAGACAUCAAAGAUAACGAUUUUGGUACAUAUAUCUUAACUGUAGAAAACCCCAUAGGGAAAGAAGUGACUGUUUUUACCUUGAGACCUGAAGAAAUUACAGAAGUCUUUUUGGGAACAAUUAUUGGUUGUACUGUAGGAAGUGUAUUAUUAUUAAUAACUUUGGGGCUUGUUGCUUAUAAAUUCCACAAAAUAAGAGAUAUGGACAUUGCUUGUAUGAAUGGUUCAGAGAAAACUGAUGUCCUGGAUGGUGCUUAUGAUAAUCUUUCAAAGAAACCUGAAGCUGUGGAUGAUCAUUAUAUUGAAGUUAGUGAACUCCAAGAUAUGUGCCUAGAACUCCCUGGUGUGGAGCAUCAAUAUUUUGAAGUUUGUGAGCACCAAAAUAUAUGCCCAGAACCUCCUGUUGUGGAAGAUGAACAUGCUGAAGAUAGUGAGCCCAAAUAUGUAUGCAUGAAACAACCUGUUGUGGAAGAUGAACAUGCUGAAGAUAGUGAGCCCAAAUAUGUAUGCAUGAAACAACCUGUUGUGGAAGAUGAACAUGCUGAAGAUAGUGAGCCCAAAUAUGUAUGCAUGAAACAACCUGAUUUGGACGCUAUUUAUGCUAACAUUCCAAAGAAACCUGAUGACAUGGACAAUGCUUAUGUUAAUGUUUCAAAGAAACUUAAUGCUGUGGAAGAUUAUUAUGUUGAAGUCAGUGAGUUGAAAUAUGUGUGUAUGAAACACCCUGACACUGUAAAUGGUAGCCUGAAUAACAUUUAUGAAAACAACAAUCAAAGGAAUGAGAUUACCAGUGAAGGUCCAUGUUCUUCAGAUGAACAAAAGGAACCUAGAACCUGUAAUAUAAUAACACCUUCUAGAACUGAAUGAAACCUUGUGAGCAACCUAAGUCAGUCUCAUUGUCAUCAUUUCAUGGAACACUUUUUACAAGCACUACAGAUUUGAACUAAAUAUCUGAUACUACCAAACACUAUUGAUCUCUGUUAUAUGCUGAAUUGCAUCAUUGUUUUUGUAUUCACUGCAUUGACAAAUUUUCGAUUGAUUUUUAAUUGUUAUAAAUGUCUAUCUAUAACUAAACAUUUGCAUAAAUGAAGUAAACCAGUUAAAUUUUGGUAUUUCUUUUCUCAUACAUGAGUCAUCAUCGAGUAAAACACUAUGGAUAAUUAGUAACAUGGCUGUGACUGCAUGAUCAAAAUUUGUGAUGUUUGUUCUAUAUAUACUUUCUGUUAUUUUACUUCAUUGUGAUCUGUGUAUUUUGAUUUCCUUCUAUCACAUUUAAAUAUACAUAAAUUCAGAAUUAUAGUCCAUGGCAUUAUUUAAAUUCAAAUUUUAUGUUUUUAGCCCUUUUGAAUCUUGGGUCGGCUUUUUUUUAAAUACUCAAAUUAUAUAUACCAGAGUUAAUUUUUUUUCUUGGUGAUUGUGUGGCUAUAUUUUUUGAUAUCCACGUGUAAUCAUUCUUUCAAUACAUGGAAUUCUCCCAGCAACAAGACAUGUUGGAAGUUUUCCAACUAUGCUUACAUACAGAAAGCAUAAAAUUAAAGAUCUUAUUUCAUUCCUUCUCUUGGAAGCAUUGAAUACGCAAUACCUAGUUUAUUACUUUUGUUAUUUUAUCUCUUCUCUCUAUACAUUUUAAAUUCUAUUCUGAUUUUUAGACAUGAGCUUUGCAGCUAUGUUAUUAGCUGUAGGUCAGGCCUGAUUGAGCUGACCUGUGAUUGGUGUUUGGUUAUGAUCAUCCCAUUUUUUCAGAAUUAUAUUAAGGUGUAUAUUAUCAUUCCUCGAGAACAGUUAUCACAUGGUUCCUGUAAAAGUGCUUGAUUAUUCUAAUCGUAAAUAAUUCCCUGAAAUAUUUAAUUUGUUACCAAGUCAUUGUCGUCAUCACUGUCAUUUAACAUCUGCCUUUAUGCUGGCGUGGGUUGGAUAGUUCUGUUUAACAAUUCAAAAAUAUGUGCUAUCUUGUGCAUUUUAGAUAAUAAUCAUUUCUUCACUAUUUCAGCAAGUGCUGUCAAGGCUAGGCUUUGCUGAUAAGGUCAGAAUAAAACUAAAACCUGUUCAGAGUUGAUGAAAACAUCAAAAUAUUAAUCAGUGAUUAAUAUCAUGAUGUUUUUCUAGUUACUUAUUUAUUUCUAGUUCAUUUUAAAAUUAUUCAUGCAUUAAAUAUGUUGCUACUAGCUUCUCUUUGUUUAGGGAAACAGAUCAGUCAAAACUCCCUUCCAUAUGUAGAAAAGUGUCAAGCGAAACUCCAUAUGGUGUACCUAGUGCAAGCUUUGGAUACAUAAAAGGUGGAUUGGUAUUACUGGAAGAUAUAGAGAGAAAGUAAUUUUUACAUGUGGAAGAUGUGUAGGUACAGUAAACACCAAAAAUGUACAAAAAAAUAGACUCCCUCAAAUUUCUGGCAGGGAUCCUUAGAAGUAAUAGAUAGUUUCUGUUACUUAGGUGACCAAGUUAGCAGUGGUGGAGGUUGUUCUGAAAGCAUAGCUGCUAGAAUAAGAAUAGGCUGGGCAAAGUUCAGAGAGUUACUACCUGUAUUAGUAAUUAAGGUCCUCUUACUCAGAGUUAAAGGCAGAUUUUAUUAUGCCUGUGUAUGAACAGACAGUGAAACAUGGGCUGUGACUGCUGAGGACAUGCAAAGGCUUGAAAGAAAUGAUGAAUGGGUAAUAUCAGUGUCCAUUUAUGAUAGAGUGUAAGUGGCUGGAGAGAAAAACAGGAUAUGCAGGACAUCAAAUGUAGUGUGUAAGACUGUGCUGGUGCAGUCUUGUAAUGCAUAUGAGUGAGGACAGUUGCAUGAAAAGGUGCUGUUUCCUAAUUGUAGAGGGAAAAUGUAGAAGAGGUAGACCCAGGAAGUGUUGAAAAAGGAUCUCCAGAUGUUGGGCCUCACAGAGAGUAUGAUAGGGGACCAAGACUUCUGGUAGUUUGCUGUGCUUGAGAAGACAAAUCAAGUUAAGUAAAACCACUGUUGUUCUUGCAUACAGGCAUGUCCCCUGCAUCUCUCUUCAGUGGAACAUUCCUAAUCUUGCAGGCUUGUGGGUGCUAAUGCUACAUAAAAAAGUAUCCAUGCCAUUUCCAUGUAAAAGCACAUGUGCUGCAUAAAAGCAUCCACUAGUCUCUUUAAAGUAGUUGGCAUUAUGAAGGGUAUCCAGUCGUAGAAACCAUACCAAAACAGACAUGGUGCCUGGGCAGCUGUCCAGCUGACCAGCUCCUGGCAAACCAUCCAAUCCAUGCCAGCAUGGAAAAUAGACUUUAAAUGAUGAUGAAACUAUCUAACAGAAUUUGCUUUCAAUUAGCUUCAUAUCCUAAUUUGUUUAAUUUCUUUUUGUAAUAUUACAAAAGAAUGUAGAUACUGGCUUUUCAAGAAGGAUUAAUUACUUUUUAUCAUAAUUUGACCAAUUCAUCUUCUGUUUGUGUGUAUAUUUUUUGUGUAUGCAUGUAAAUAUGUGUAAAACGGGUUUACAAUAGGGUAUAAAUUGAAAAUUCUAAAUGUGAUUUUUUCAUAAGACAUAAGUUUCAGUAUGAGUUUUCUGUUCACAUUAUAUUUUGCGUUGUAUUGUUUUCUUUUCUAGAAAAUAAAUUUUUUCUUCAUUUUCACAUCCAUUUUUUUCAUACAGAGUUAUGAGCCUUACAUAUGGA